CGUAUUUAAGCGAGACCGUGGCGUGCAGCCGCUCUUGGCCAAGAUCGUAUUUAAUCGAGCACGUGGCGGCAUGUCAGCGUUGCAGGUGGACCCUUCGUCGAUCUGGGUUGGUAUCCCUGUAUGCAGCAGCAAAACACCGAGCGCCCGGCUGCGGUCGCAACGAAGCAGCCGCAUCAAGCUCCAGAGCAGCGCCGUCGAGCUGCGCCACGAAUUUGAACUGCUCUCGCUCGAGGCCGACCGACUCCGCACCACGUACACGGCGAUGCAAAAGGCCAAGACCCUCCGCGCCUUGUGGACGCGGAAGCUCCUCAUGGGAAGCAUUCGCGCCAACAGCCGCCGUAUCGACGACCUCUUGCGCUAUGUGCGCUUCCUCAUGACGACAACGGUGCCACGCACGGUCGCCUGCAACGUGCCCACGUGGCGCAACGCGGCCUUGUCACAGGAUCCACAGCUGCGCCGCGCCGGCGCCAUGUGGAUGAUGGAUUUUCUCUAUGACGCCGUCGACAAGGCGCUGGACGCAGCGAGCUUCCCCGUGUCCCGUGAGCCAUGGCUCGCGUCGACGACCGAGGCGCUCGGGGUCUCAUUCCGAGCGCGCAUCUUCAAGCAGCACGUCUUGCGCGCCGACCCGGCCAUGGUCAUCGAGGCGUACAAGCGGAUGCCGAUGCUGUCGGUGAUGGAGGUGCAGACCGUGCUCUUCAAGGAGCCAUAUCCCACCGUCUACUAUUCAUCGGUCCAGCUUGGCAACGGUAGCUGCUACAGCUACGUGACGCAGUUUCGGUGCGAGGAGCAUCGGUGGCUCUUGCUCACGCAAGCGAUCGAGGACGACCCGACCGUCAACAUCGGCCCGCUCACGUACAGCUGGUCCAGCUGGUGAGAUCAUGGGCACGCCGCUCUCCGAAUCCGAGACGCUCGUGCAGGAAGGCUGCGACUUUACCGGGUCGCGGCGCCACGGUGAGCUCUUGCCGCUGCAGGAGACCAGCCGACUUGUCCGGUCGCUCUAUGAGCGCAACGAGCCUGAGCACGUCUGGAUCGAGAAGCUCGCGGUCGCGCAGAGGCGCCAGUUCCAGGCCAACCACGCCCACGACAUUAGCCGCAUUUCCUGCCUCAUCACCGACAUGGAAGCCGAAGCGAUCUUGGCCUCGACGCGCGCCAGCGAAUAAGCCCGAUUUUUGUUCAUGCAAACAUGAGUAUACACGUAGCCGCGUCCGGCAGUCUCGAC